UCAAACCCAUGACAGAAUCGUGCAGGCGAGCUAGUUGCUAACAAGUUGACUGAAUAACGGUGGUAGAAGCCAUACCAGUAACUGUGAAGAUCAUUUUUACCUCUCCAAACUUUAAAAUUGGACAUACAUUACGCCGCUGGGCUGAGGAGGACCGCCAGCUGAAGCAAUGACAACCUACCGUUAGUUUUACACGUUAAAACGUCGUUAGCUAACGUUAACAGAUAGCAGACAGACAAACGUCCCUGAGGACUGCCUGAUUAUUUACAGCCGGCGUUUUUUCUUCUGUGAACCAGUCAGACAAACUACCGGGAGACCCUCAACGAAACAAAGAUAUGCAGUCGUCAGAGCAGCGCUGACAGGCCAGACUCUGGUUUAACCCAACCAUGGAGUCCUCCUCGGAGUCCCAGCAGGAGCCUGAGAAAACUUUGCACCAUGCAGAGUUGAGAGAGCACCAAGCCACCUCCGCUGCCGUAGUGUGCGGGGAUGACACCGUACUUCUGACCCCAGGCAGGAUGAGCCAGCGCCAGGCGAAGGAGCGGGACAAGGAGAAGGAGAAAGAGAAGGAGGCAGGCCUCCAAACGCCCAACAGGGAGCACAUUGCUACCCCCUCUACCCUCAGCCCGGGGGUCAGCUACACACACGGUUUCGAGAGAGGGAAGGAGGACCUCUUGCCUCUGCCUUUGAAAGAGGACUCACAUUCCAUAUCUAAGAGCAAGUCUGAAACAAAGCUGUACAAUGGCUCAGACAAGGAUGUGUCGACAUCCGGAGGAAAGCUCACCAAGAAAGAGUCCCUCAAGGUGCAGAAGAAAAACUAUAGGGAAGAAAAGAAGAGGGCAACCAAGGAGCUGCUCAGCACCAUCACUGAUCCCUCUGUCAUCGUCAUGGCCGACUGGCUAAAGAUCCGUGGCACUCUGAAGAGCUGGACCAAGCUGUGGUGUGUGCUGAAACCAGGCGUCCUGCUCAUCUAUAAAACCCACAAAAACGGCCAGUGGGUGGGAACGGUGCUGCUCAACGCCUGCGAGCUCAUCGAGAGGCCUUCUAAGAAGGACGGCUUCUGCUUCAAGCUCUUCCACCCGCUGGAGCAGUCCAUCUGGGCCGUCAAGGGUCCUAAAGGAGAAGCCGUUGGCUCCAUCACUCAGCCAUUACCCAGCAGCCACCUCAUCUGCCGUGCUGCCUCUGAGUCUGAUGGUCGAUGUUGGAUGGACGCCUUGGAGCUGGCCCUGAAGUGCUCCAGCCUGCUGAAGAGGACCAUGAUCCGCGAGGGGAAAGAGGACAUGAGCACAGUAGCCACUGGCGGAGAACACUCCAUCAAUUUCUACAGCCUCCUCAGAGCCCACAACAUCCAUGGUUUCCAGUUCAACGACAGUGACCAUUUGAAAGACCCAGACCUGUACUCAGACAAGUCAGACCGGGAGGGUGAACAGGACCACGAGGAGUCGGACCCAGAAGGCCUGGAGAAGAGUGAGGAGAGCGACAGCGACACGUCAGAGCGUCAAGACGACUCGUACCUCGACAUGGACCCUAAUGAACAUCUGCGGGAAACCCCGUACCUGGAGCAGUCCCAUGAGGAACUUGGAGAGGCUGGCGAGGCAGCCCAGACAGAGACGGUAUCUGAGGAGAAUAAAUCUCUGAUCUGGACUCUGCUGAAGCAGGUGCGACCUGGCAUGGAUCUGUCCAAGGUGGUGUUACCCACCUUCAUCCUGGAGCCAAGGUCCUUUCUGGACAAACUCUCUGACUACUACUACCACGCAGACUUCCUGUCAGAGGCUGCAAUUGAUGAGAACGCUUACAACCGGAUGAAGAAGGUGGUGAAGUGGUACAUCUCUGGAUUUUACAAAAAGCCUAAGGGGUUGAAGAAGCCUUAUAACCCCAUCAUUGGAGAGACGUACCGCUGCAUGUGGCUCCACCAGAAGACCAACAGCAAGACCUUCUACAUCGCUGAGCAGGUAUCCCAUCAUCCUCCUGUGUCAGCCUUCUAUGUCAGCAACAGGAAGGACGGAUUCUGCCUCAGUGGCAGCAUCCUCGCCAAGUCCAAGUUCUAUGGAAACUCUCUGUCGGCCAUAUUAGACGGGGAGGCUCGGCUCACUUUUCUCAACCGAGGAGAGGACUAUGUGAUGAACAUGCCCUAUGCUCACUGUAAAGGCAUCCUGUACGGCACCAUGACCCUGGAGCUGGGUGGUCAGGUCACCAUUGCCUGUGAGAAAACGGGCUACAGUGCUCAGCUGGAGUUCAAACUGAAGCCAUUCCUGGGCAGCAGUGACAAUGUCAAUCAGGUCUCUGGAAAGAUCAAGCUGGGAAAAGAGGUGUUGGCUACGCUAGAAGGACACUGGGACAGUGAGAUCUUCAUCAAUGACAAGAAGACCGGGACGGUGGACACUUUCUGGAACCCGACGCCAGAGCUGAGGCAGAGUCGACUGACCCGCUACACCGUCCCUCCAGAGGAGCAGGGAGAGUCUGAAUCAGAAAGACUGUGGCAGCACGUGACCCGGGCCAUCAACAACAAGGACCAGAUCGAGGCCACCAAUGAGAAGUUCAUCCUGGAGGAAGCCCAGCGGAAGUCUGCCCGCGAACGGAAAGCCAAAUGUGAGGAGUGGAUCUCAGCCCUGUUCGAGCAGGACCCCGUCACCGGAGAGUGGCAUUACAGAUAUGCCGACACAAGGCCAUGGGAUCCGCUCAACGACUUGAUCCAGUUUGAGAAAGACGGCUGUAUCCAGACCAAGGUCCGACACCGCACCCCUAUGGUACGUUCUGGCAGUCUUAUUAGUCUGAGUAACCAGGGGCCGCGGAGGGACAAUUGCAAAUGCCAGGUAACGGUGCCAAAGAGGAAACACAAGAGCGACAAGCCCAAGAGCCCAGAGAGUGGCUGCUCUUCACCCGAACCCGACCGCCAGGACUCGUCUGGCAGCGAACGACACAAAAGCAAGCAUAACAGUCGGCUGAGGAAAAAGGGAACAGACCUCAGUGAACUUCAAAGUGCCAUUGAAUCUAUAAAGCAGACGCAGGAGGACAUUAACAGGAGCAUCAGCGUGCUGCGGAGUCGUGCGGCAGAACGCGUGGAGGGCGGCUCUUUCCUCCAACAGCGCGACUACGUCAUCAUUGUUUUCCUCAUCCUCCUUCAGGUCCUGAUCAACUAUGUCUUCAAGUAGCAGCCAUACCCCACGAAGAGGGUGAUGCCCCUUACACACACACACGCACGCACACACGCACAUUAGGCGUCACAGUGGAGGACUUAAAGACGUGAACUUUGACCUCUCAAAAUAAGUGACUCCAACUCUCUUCUCCUCUGUCUGUAUUAAAUUCAACUACACACGUCCAGAAAAGUGGAGACUUCCACACAAAAAGACAAAAAGAGACUUUUUUUAAACUUGUUUCUAUUUAACCGGUCCAUUCCAAAACUCUGGGUAGAUCCACAGAUUUCAAAGCGAAGAGGAGCAGCGACAAAGUGAAGUAGUUGGAGGUAAGAUUUUGGUGUGAUGAAGACUCAACUGCCACUCUGCUGUUGCUUAUUGAUUUGCCUUGAUGUUAAAGGCAAAGACAGCAGCCAUUUUUUUUAGCUGUUGUUGGUUUUAGUUUGUUUUCCAUUGGAGUUAAACUACUCUGUGAUUCACAUUUCACCUCAAACGACUGAGGACCUUUUAACCUGGAGACGAGUACCACAGCUCAGAUGGUAACAGAUUU